AUGAGAAGGGCGGCCGAUUUUGGCGUUGGGGAAUCGCCGCCGCAGCAGCCCGCUUUUUUUGAGGCGACUCGCAAUCCGAAGCAGCCUGCUUUUGAGGCGAUUCGAAAUCAGCCGAGUGGCACGAUGAACGCGUCCGCGGCGCGGCCGCCCAGGCUGACUCGUAUUGACAGCUCCACGCGAUGCGGGAGCUCUGACGCGGACACGAGGCACAGCGGUGGUAACCUGCGCGAUUGUAACCAGAACCGCAACCAGAGUGGUAACCAGAAAGAUGGUAACCAGAACAGCAACCAGAGUGGUAACCAGAAUGGCAGUAACCAGAGCGGUGGUAACCAGAGUCGGCCCACGAACCAGGAGCGAGCUACACUUCUGGCGAAUAUUCUGCAGGAGCUGGGCCGGAUAAAGAGGCAAAAGCUGUCCCACGUGGCAGCAGGGACAAACGCCGGCUCCAUGUCAUCGGAUGAGUCUGAUGCUGACGUGGCUGCACGCUCAGAAAGCAGGGGUGUUGGUUCGCGAGCUUCAGAUUCAGCCAUGGCUGCCUGCGACGCGACACCUAUUGUGACGAAGGGGAAUCAUGCGAAGAAGGACGAGCAAGAGGCAAGACGGAAUGUGAAGAAUGAGAAGGAUGGCAAGGAUGGGAAGAAUGGGAAGGAGGAGGUUGAGUUAUUGGAGUUGGACCUUUUUUGCUCCUCAGGGGGUGAUACAUACCUGGAGAGUGGCAGUUUUGAGAGUGCUAGUGGGGAGCUACAACAACCACCGCCCUCCACUGCUCAGCACCUUUCUGGACCGUCGCCAGUGCUGGACCUUGCCCUGCACCUCUGA